CCUAAAACCCCAAUUCGAGCGAUUCUGAACCCAACCACGGCGUCACCCUACACGGCCACCAUCAAACCACCGCGUUCCGAACCUCAAUUCGCAGAAAUACUAUAAAAAUACCAAUUUUUUCAGUCUUGUGCCAUCGCCCUCAUCACGGUAGGGUUUGCAGACUCACAAUUUUCGAGCUUGCUCCAGGUGAAUAAUUUGCGAAUCUUUCUUUGUCCCGGCAAUGAUUAAGCUUUGUUCCCAUAGAAAUAAACAUUUAUACAAAUGGGUGUUGUUUGCGAAAAUGCACAUCACAAGUGAGUCGGUUCAGGAGGUUGGAGAAGUAAGCGAAAGAGUGUGCAAGGUCAUGAUGACGUGUCCCACUCUGGCACUUGACACUGCUCUUGACCAAACCGGAGUUAGAGUGUCCCCUGAAAUUGUGGAAAACGUUCUCAAGAGGUUCGAGAAUGCUGGCAUGUCAGCAUUUAGGUUUUUCGAAUGGGCAGAGAAUCAGAAAGGAUACUCACACAGCAUAAGAGCAUACCACUUGAUGAUUGAGUCUUUGGCCAGGAUUAGGCAGUACCAGAUUAUGUGGGACCUUGUUAAUGUCAUGAGGAAAAAGGGUAUGCUAAAUGUUGAAACUUUUUGCAUCAUGAUGCGAAAAUAUGCUAGGGCUAACAAGGUUGAUGAGGCUGUUUACACCUUUAAUGUUAUGGAUAAGUAUGGUGUGGUUCCAAAUCUAGCUGCAUUUAAUGGCUUGCUAAGUGCCUUGUGCAAGUCCAACAAUGUGAGGAAGGCUCAGGAGAUUUUUGAUGGCAUGAAGGGCCGGUUUGUGCCGGACCCCAAGACCUACAGCAUUUUGCUUGAGGGGUGGGGGAAGGCUCCCAAUCUUCCCCGGGCAAGAGAGGUUUUUAGAGAGAUGGUUAGUGCGGGGUGUGAUCCUGAUGUUGUUACUUAUGGUAUAAUGGUUGAUGUUCUUUGCAAAGCUGGAAGGGUUGAUGAGGCUGUUGAGGUUGUGAAGGAAAUGGAUGCCAGCAAUUGCCGGCCAACGUCUUUCAUUUAUAGUGUCCUGGUUCAUACCUAUGGAGUGGAGCACCGGAUUGAAGAUGCUAUUGAUACGUUCCUGGAGAUGGCAAAGCAGGGAAUCAAGGCUGAUGUUGUGGUGUAUAAUGCCUUGAUUGGUGCCUUUUGUAAGGUGAAUAAAUUUAAAAAUGUGCAUAGGGUCUUGCAGGAGAUGGAAGGCAAUGGUGUUGCUCCUAAUUCGAGGACCUGCAAUGUUAUCAUAAGCAGUAUGAUUGGCCAGGGACAGACUGAUAGAGCUUUCAGGGUCUUCUGCCGGAUGAUCAAGAUAUGUGAACCGGAUGCUGACACUUACACAAUGAUGAUAAAAAUGUUUUGUGAGAAGAAUGAACUUGAGAUGGCUCUGAAAAUAUGGAAGUAUAUGAAGAAGAAACAAUUUGUCCCAAGCAUGCACACGUUUUCUGCCCUUAUCAAGGGGUUGUGUGAAAAGGGCGAUGCCGCAAAGGCUUGUGUUGUGCUGGAAGAGAUGAUGGAGAAGGGAAUUCGACCAUCACGUGUUACAUUUGGGAGGUUAAGACAGCUGCUUUUAAAGGAAGGGAGAGAGGAUGUGCUCAAAUUUCUUCAUGAGAAAAUGAAUCUUCUUGUGAAGGAGCCUUUAUAUGAUUAAAAAGCAUGGAAUACAUUUGGCAACUAUAAACAUCCAACAUGGUAUAUGUAGAUUUGGAAACUGAUUUCGCUGUCAAAACAGUUUCAGUUUUGCAGCCACAGUUAUACAUAUUUGGGAUCUGCAUAUUAUGUAAUACAAAAAUCAGAGCAUUUAAGUGGAAAAAAUUCUUCUAAAGUGGGAAUAUCACUAAAAUGAGUAAAUAAGGGUGUAUUCAUCCUCGAAUUUCAGUGAGUUAAGAUUUGAUGUGUCAUGAUUAAUGAAGUUCUAUUGAAGUGAGUGGGGUAAAAGGAAUUGUUUUGGAUUUUGUCCUUGGGGUAUGGAAAAUAUCCUGAUUAUCUUGGAGCGUAGAAAGAUCUACCAGCACUGUCUGUGUCUGUUAACCAGGACCUGCUUAUCAACCUCUGAAAAUAUUGGUGAUGUCACUUGUUAUGCUUCCCCAUGGAAGGGAACUCCUAAUGGCUACUUCCGUAUGACUUGCUGUAGUUAACCACUAUGCAACGUGCAUCAGCUACUGGCUUAAACCUUAGUCAUUACGCAUUUUGAAAAACAGGCCUGUGCUAUCUUAAAAGCCGUGACAAAUCAUGAGGCCAAUUUGUGUCUUGGGUACACAUGAUAGGGACAUAGGAGAGGUUGGUAAACAAGAGGUCCACAAGGUUAUUAUUCACUUACUCAUUAGAAAUAGUCAUAGACAAAUCUUACUGUAAGAACUUCGGGAGUGCAAAUGAUCCUUAUAAUUGCUAUUUUGUGGAUAUUAUUGAGUUUAAAUUCUGUCAACCUAUUGACUAUUGUGCUUAUGUAGUUUCUUCUACACAUUUUGGGGCCAAAACUUGAUUUUUGUUCUUGUUAAGAGGUAUUCUGGUAGGAUUUUUUUUUUGGUUCGUUCUUGGAGUAUUCACCAUCAAUAGCAGUGACUAAUCUCCUCGCUACGUUGGAGGCACUUCAAAAGGUGGGAUAGCUGGUCUCAAGAUUUAACGUGACUGCAUACACAAGGUAGAAUUCGAACAUCUGACCUUACUUAAGCGUGAAUCAACCCCUAUCGCUGAACUACAUGCUUGGGAUUAAGUAUUCUAGUAGGAUUGAAUCCGUGUAAAAACCACAAUUCCAAUUUCAUAGUAUUUGAUAUUGGAUUUUGUACUUUGGAUUAUAGAAGAAAUGAUUGUUAUGAUUAAUUUUAUGUAGAUUUUUUUAGUUUAUAGUUUAUUUCAUUCAAUUCCAAUUAUUCAUUUA